AUGCUUCAUUUAUUGAAUAAAUUAUGUAAUUUAUUUUUGAUAUUUACUUCGCUAAUAGGUUACACGAAAUGCAAUGUUGCACCAUUAAAUACCGAAGAAUCUAUUAAUCAAUCAGGUUAUCCGCUGGAAAAAUACAAACUCCAAACUCUGGAUAAGUUUACACUUGGCUUGGAACGAAUACCUUAUAGCAAAAACGGCGACCGGACCAUUGGCAAGCCUAUUUUGCUGAUGCAUGGUUUGUUCCUGAGUUCUUUUGUAUUCACAAAUACAAAUAAAUCGUUGAGUUAUUCGCUAUCAGAGGCGGGAUACGACGUAUGGUUGUUCAACGCCAGAGGAACAGGCUUGUCCAGAACAUAUAGUAUUUACUCAAAGAUGGGAACGGCACCGAGAAUGAACAAAAUGUCAUGGGACUUUAGUUUCCACGAAAUGGGCAUUUAUGAUUUUUCGGCCGCCAUCGACUUUGUUCUAAACAAAACCGGACACUCCAAAUUAGACGUCGUUGGCUACUCGUUGGGCGCGACCAUUGCACUUGUUGGAUUGUCGGAGAAGCCCGCGUACAACAAAAAGGUCGACAAACUAGUAUUGAUGGCACCGAUGACCAGAAUGAUAGCGUACGGAUUUCCGUUUUCUGCAUUUCACCGUGGUUCCUUGUUGUUUAAAUACUCAAUGAAGGAACAGAAUUUUUUCCCGACAGUUCAAGAUCCAGAUGCUGCACAUCGUUAUUUGAGAUGGCUAUGUUCAUACACAAUAUUCUAUCCGUAUUGUUUAUUAUACAUAAACACUGCACAAGGAUCUAGAAUUAAUUACAAUAAAGAUAUGGUGAUCAGUACUUUAACAGAUUUCCCACAACCGAUAUCUAAAAAAAUGUUAUUUCAUUGGAUUCAAUUAAUGUCAUCAAAACGAUUCUGUAAAUAUGACUAUGGUGUGAAUAAAAAUAUGCAAUAUUACAACAUGAAAUCACCGCCAGAUUAUAAUUUAUCCAAAGUCACUACUGCGGUUUACAUUUUACAUUCAAAAGAUGAUCAUUUAUCUGCAAUAAAAGACGUUAAUUGGUUGGCAGAAAAAUUGCCGAAUAUGAAGGACAUCUACUACAUCGAUAAUAUAAAGUUUGGGCAUUUGAGUUUCGUGAUGCAUACAAACAUUGAUCGACUUAUAAAUAGUAAAAUAAAGAAUGCGCUGCAGACAAAUGCAUUCAAUUAG